GUCUCGAUCUUCUGACCUCGUGAUCCGCCCAUCUCGGCCUUCCAAAGUGCUGGGAUUACAGGCUUGAGCCACCGCGCCCGGCCGGGUUACGUCAUUUCAGCACCUUUUAAGGUUGAAGAUGAAAUCCACUGAGGAGGGAAGUCCAGCACCCUGUGUGCCAUUCCAGAACUGGCCCAUCUGUAGACCCCCUGAAAAUCAUGGGCUUGGAUUUGGAUGUUCUCAACAGAAAGGGUUAAAGGCUGAUGGGACCUAAAGCCUGAAAUGAUCCUAGGUAAUUGAUAGAUCCUGUGGUUCAACUGGAUUUCUAGAUAGAAGCUGGAUUCAUGUGAUGCCAGAGAAGUAAAAUUUCAAGAGACUGAAACCAGAUCUGAGUCUCACUGUUGCAGUCUGGACCUCUUUGGUGCUGUAAAUCCUGGAUAUACAGUAGAUGAUUACUGCAUUUUUCUUUUAUGUAUGAAGAUAGAUAAUUCUUCAAGUUAAAGAUGGACUUUUCUUACCAGAAAUGGCUUUAUGGAAUCAAUUUGCAAAAAUGACUCUCUUCAGCUUCUGGACACCUCACUAUCCUAUUAUGUCUUUGUGUGAAGACAUGCUGCUUUGUAAUUAUCGAAAGUGUCGCAUCAAACUCUCUGGCUAUGCAUGGGUCACUGCCUGCUCUCACAUCUUCUGUGAUCAACAUGGCAGUGGUGAGUUUAGUCGCUCACCAGCUAUCUGUCCUGCCUGCAACAGUACCCUUUCUGGAAAGCUCGAUAUUGUCCGCACAGAACUCAGUCCAUCAGAGGAAUAUAAAGCUAUGGUAUUGGCAGGACUGCGACCAGAGACUGUGUUGGACAUUAGCUCCCGAGCACUGGCCUUCUGGACAUACCAGGUACAUCAGGAACGUCUUUAUCAAGAAUACAAUUUCAGCAAGGCUGAGGGCCAUCUGAAACAGAUGGAGAAGAUAUAUACUCAGCAAAUACAAAGCAAGGAUGUAGAAUUGACCUCUAUGAAAGGGGAGGUCACCUCCAUGAAGAAAGUACUAGAAGAAUACAAGAAAAAGUUCAGUGACAUCUCUGAGAAACUUAUGGAGCGCAAUCGUCAGUAUCAAAAGCUCCAAGGCCUCUAUGAUAGCCUUAGGUUACGAAACAUCACUAUUGCUAACCAUGAAGGCACCCUUGAACCAUCCAUGAUUGCACAGUCUGGUGUUCUUGGCUUCCCCUUAGGUAACAACUCCAAGUUUCCUUUGGAUAAUACACCUGUUCGAAAUCGGGGCGAUGGAGAUGGAGAUUUUCAGUUCAGACCAUUUUUUGUGGGUUCUCCCACAGCACCUGAACCCAGCAACAGCUUUUUUAGUUUUGCCUCUCCAAGUCGUGAAUUAGAGCAGCAGCAAGUUUCUAGCAGGGCCUUCAAAGUAAAAAGAAUUUGAGCCACGCAUGGUGUCACACACUUGUGAUCCCAGCUACUUAGGAGGUUGAGGCUGGGAGGAUCCCUUAAGCCCAGGAGUCUGAGGCUAUAGUGAUCUAAGAUCAUGCCACUGCACUCCAGCUUGGGCAACAGAGUGAGACCCUGUUUCUAAAAAAAUAAAGAUAAUUUAGCUAACUUUA